UGUGACGUAUGUAAGGGUAUAAGUUAGACCAUAUUUCAUAUUUCCCUCCUCUAAACCCCGGGUGAUAGUGCUGUGUGAACGCCAGCCCUUCCUCGCCACUUAUUCCAAGAAAAAAUAUAUAUCUAAAAAAAUAUUUUUUUUUUUUCACCUUAAAAACAUAUAUUUUAACCAACUCGUUGAAGCAGGAGUUGAUAUUCGAACUGAAGUGGAACGACGAGAAUGUUACGCUGCGUUUCUCUGGUUACUGUUACCAUCUGCAACGGGAAAAGCCAGCAAGGACAUGUUGAUUUCAAGCUCUAUUUUGUCAAUUAUAUAGACAUUUUAAGCAACAUAUACGUAACGAACUGGUCGUAUUUUAAACGUUUCAAAUAUUUAUCUUCUAAAUGUAAACUUCAUUAGAACUUGUCAAGCUUGUUAAACUUUGCUAGCCAGCUGGUUUAGAUUCAACCAUCGAGUUAGCGUAACCAGACCCUUUUUAAAUUACGAACAAUUCCGUCUGAAAGGUAACAUUUUUUUUUUGUCUGUCGGAUUUCGUUACGAAAAUGAACCCCGGUGCUCCUACUUACCCCAUGGCAUCCCUGUAUGUCGGUGAUCUUCAUCAAGAUGUGACCGAAGCUUUGCUAUACGAGAAAUUCAGUCCCGCCGGGGCCAUCCUUUCCAUCCGGGUCUGCAGGGAUAUGAUCACCCGUCGUUCCCUCGGGUACGCCUAUGUCAACUUCCAACAGCCAGCUGAUGCUGAGAGGGCUCUAGACACCAUGAACUUUGACGUGAUCAAGGGUCGUCCUGUCCGCAUCAUGUGGUCUCAGCGUGACCCAUCCCUGAGGAAGAGCGGGGUGGGCAACAUCUUCAUCAAGAACCUAGACAAAUCUAUUGACAACAAGGCCCUCUAUGACACAUUUUCUGCCUUCGGCAACAUCCUGUCCUGCAAGGUGGUUUGUGAUGAGAAUGGCUCAAAGGGCUAUGGCUUUGUGCAUUUUGAGACCCAGGAGGCUGCUGAAAGAGCCAUUGAGAAAAUGAACGGCAUGCUGCUCAAUGACAGGAAAGUGUUUGUGGGACGAUUCAAAUCUCGCAAAGAACGUGAGGCUGAGCUUGGUGCCCGGGCCAAAGAGUUCACCAACGUUUACAUCAAGAACUUUGGUGAAGAUAUGGAUGAUGAGAAACUGAGGGAGGUCUUCAGCAAGUAUGCCGAGUAUGGCAGUGCCAUGAGUAUCCGCGUCAUGACUGAUGACAGUGGCAAAUCCAGAGGCUUUGGCUUUGUGAGCUUCGAGAGGCACGAGGACGCCCAAAAGGCUGUUGAUGAGAUGAAUGGGAAGGAGCUGAAUGGAAAGCUCAUCUACGUGGGCCGCGCCCAGAAGAAGGUGGAGCGUCAGACGGAGCUGAAACGCAAGUUUGAACAGAUGAAACAGGAUCGCAUGACGCGCUACCAGGGUGUCAAUCUCUAUGUGAAGAAUCUUGACGAUGGAAUUGAUGACGAGCGCCUGCGUAAAGAAUUCUCCCCAUUCGGCACCAUCACCAGUGCCAAGGUGAUGAUGGAGGGUGGUCGCAGCAAGGGCUUCGGCUUUGUGUGCUUCUCCUCCCCGGAGGAGGCCACCAAGGCCGUGACAGAGAUGAACGGGCGCAUCGUGGCCACUAAGCCUCUGUACGUGGCGCUGGCUCAGAGGAAAGAGGAGCGCCAGGCUCACCUCACCAACCAGUACAUGCAGAGGAUGGCCACCGUCCGGCCCGUACCCAACCCAGUCCUCAACCCCUACCAGCCUGCCCCUCCUUCUGGGUACUUCAUGGCUGCCAUCCCACAGGCUCAUAACAGAGCUGCUUACUACCCUGCCAACCAGAUAGCCCAGCUGAGACCCAGCCCUCGCUGGGCCACCCAGGGUGUGAGACCUCAACACUUCCAGAACAUGCCAGGCUCCAUACGUCCUUCCACACCCAGACAGCCCAGCUUCAGCCCUAUGAGGCCAACCAACCAGAUGCCUCGCAUGAUGUCUACGCGAAGCGUGGGCCCCCAGACCAUGGGACCCCGCGCCCCUUCGGCCACAGUGAGUGGAGCCCCGGUGCGUGGCGUGCCUCAGUAUAAGUACGCCACAGGAGUCCGCAACCCACAGAACCACAUUAACUCACAGCCCCAAGUCACUAUGCAGCAGCCUGCUGUCCAUGUGCAGGGCCAGGACCCUCUGACUGCCUCCAUGCUGGCCGCUGCACCACCCCAGGAACAGAAGCAGAUGUUAGGUGAGUGUAAACUCUAG